CAGUUAGAGGAACUGCAGGAAUACUGAAUAUAUCAUCUUGUUGUAGUUUCUUGUCGUUUGCAUUACUGUUACCUUUCUGAAUAAGUCUCAAUAUUUCUGGCUCUAUUUCACAUGAAAGUUUUAGGAUAGACACCGUAGAGGGUACUGGAAAGAGUUACACUGAGGUUGUGUGGAAAAUCUGGGCUGUUUGCUGUUGCUCUAUUUGUCAAUUCUUUUUCAAUAUAGCAGUUUUACUCUAAAGAAAACUGUGCGAGUUUAGUUUGAUGAGAAACUCUUAACUCAGAAACAGUUCAAAUCUAGGACAAAGCAUGAAAAAUCUUUUCAGUGUAUUGAGGAGGUCUGGAGUAGGUUGAAACUAGACAGAGAAAAUUAGAUAGGUCAACAGUAGUCCGAAAGUUGGAUAGUCUCAGAAGUAGGAUAGGUCCGGAUAAUCAGUGCAGUAGUCGCAGUAAACGGUUAAGCGAUCCCUGCGAUAAUUAUCCUUUUGAAUAGCCAUUUUUUGGAUAGAUUCGGUCCUAUUCAAAACGUAAAACAGUGUUGACUUAGUGCAGAUUGUGUUAGACUACAAUAUUGAGCAAGCACACAGGAUACUCGCAAAUCAAAGAUAAUAGCGAAAUAAUGUUACCGGGUUCUUUAUCCAUAACUACUGCCGAUAUACUAUCCUUACUAACCAUUAUCGCAAAAUCGACUUUUCAUACGCUAAACAGAAUCGGUCCAAAUCUUUUUUCUGAAUUGCUUAUUGAAUGAAUGUACAGGCAGCAAAGUAACUUUUUAUUCAAAUCACUUUUCCAUGCGCCAAUUUAAACGCGCCACUAUUCGCGCCAAAAUGCGAAAAGUGAUUUGAAUAAAGAGAUACUUUGCUGCACGUACAUUCAUUCAAUAAGCUAUUCAGAAAAAAGAUUUGGACCGAUUCUGUUCAACUUAUAAAAGUCGAUUUUGCGAUAAUGCUCUGUAUCCUAGUUUUCCUUGUAUCUGAUUAAUCGUUUGUGCAACCGCUUUUUAACAUCCUGACAGUAACCUUCUACUUAAGACGCAAGUUUCCUACAGUCGAUCCCGGAAACUCUAGUAAUACUAAGUGUUUAUAUGCACGUACUCGUAAAAAACUUUUGAUCUUUUUUAUAUGAAACCAGAAAAGCUAUUGUGUCUAAAAUACAGAUGGUAUAGUAUUUUACUUUUGGCGGACAAAAAGCUCUUAACCGUAUUCAUGGAUAAGCGUAUUUUAAAAAAGCGAAAGAAGGUUUAGUCGUUUCAUUUGAGUCUACUGGUACCGGUCUAACCGCAUUUUAACAGGCAGAGAACUCUUAACCAUAUUUCAAAAAACCUCUUGUGGGCUCUUUAGGCGGUAAACUACUACUACUAAUGGAUUCAAAUGGCUAAACCCUUUUUGGACUUUUUAAAGUACCCUUUUCUUUUCACAGAGUAUUGUGAGUUACAUAUGGAGAUUCAUGCUGACAGCUUUCGUUUCAUAUCGCUUAUAACGGCGUGUAAAAAGAGGAAAAUAUCUGUUGACCAAUACCAAUGCACUUGUAAAAAUCUCUUUUUAACCCAUCUGAGUAUACUAUAAUUCAUAUCUACAUGCUGUUAGCACUUUUUAGUUUGACUGGCAUUCAUUGAUCGACAAUCAAGUCGAUAGAACUGAUUUAGCUCAUAAUAUUCGGCAAAUAUAUGUCCUAAAAGCUCGAGAUCCUCCUGAAGUAACUUUAUCUGUCAGUGAUGAAAAUCAAGUUUUAUCAGCAUGUCGUCGUGCUGUUGAACCACAGUUGGCUGAAUUAUUUCAAUCCAUUGGUGCCACAGACAAACUAUUAUCAUUGGUAUUGAACUACAUCACAACAGUAAAUGAUCUAGCCGUUUCGAUUCGUGAUCAAACUCAGUUAAAUAAUAUUAAAUUUGGGACAGCUAUAUUGCAAAAGUUAACGUCAAAAUUAGAGCUGAGAAGUGAAUUUUUGAGUCGUGAUUGGCCGGUCACUGAUGAUAAUAAUGAUAGUUUAUUAGAUACGAUUUGCUACAAAUAUCCAACGAUGUCAUCAUUUCGUGCAUUAUCAUAUGAAAAAAUUAAAUCAGAAUAUUUGAAAAGUGGAACAGAUAUCCAAAAUGAAAUAUUAGAAAAAGUAUGGAUUGAUGGUAAUAAUGUGAGAACAAAAAUCAAACAGUACAAUCUACCGCUAUCAGUGGCAGCAGCACUGGAGGAAAGAGGUAUCUCUCAGCUGGAGGAUUUGACUGAAGAUGAUGUAAAAAAACUUAUUCGUCUUGACCACAACGAAGUAAAACAAAGACUAUCAUCUGCCAACAACAACAUUGCAAAAAUAAAUGCAAUCAACGAUAAGCAUGAUAAAUUUAAAGCAAACUUAACUCGUUUACUGAAACAGGAAGGUCGAGCGGGUAAACAAGAUGCGAUUCAACACGAGAAAGAAUUGACGAAGAAGCAGGAACGUACCAAGGAAGCAAUCAAGAAUGUUCAGGAUUUGACUGAAAACUUUAAAAAAAAUGUCGGAAAUAAUAAAGAUCAGUUGGAAAAACAUCUGAGUGAUAUUGCUUCUAAACUACAUGUAAAUUGGCGAUUUAGUGAAGAUGAAUUAAACAAACCAGAUAUGUUGUUGAAUUCGAUUUUAAAAGAAUUGAAUACCGUAAAUACACAAUUCAAUAGUACCGCAGCGUACAAAUCGGAUGAAGACAUUGUCGAACAUAUAAACGGUGGAAUUGUACUAUAUGGAAUACAGUUGACGAAUCCAGACAGAUUAGGUGAAAAAGCUCAACGACCUCUGCUUUCACGUCCGGCGUAUUGUCCAUUGUUAAGUCCAUCGUUAAUGUUUGAGUCGACUCAACAAAAAUUUACUAGUCUCGAAGCGUCAAAUCAAUUUACACAAACAAUAAAAACCAGUGGUCUUACUGUAGCAGCACAUCUUGAAGCAUCCGGUUGGGGAGUAUCAGUUAAAGCUUCUCAUGCUCAAGGUAAGAAACAGAAUACAACUACAUUUGUACAGAAGAAAACACAAUCAACAAUCGCUAUUCAAACCGACUAUACCGUUGUACCGAUAAAAUGUUUUCGAAUACCGCGUGAGGAAAUGAAACUAUCAACUGAAGCUGAAAAUGCAUUAGCUGGUGUUAACACUACGCAAAAAGCAAAAGAAUUUUUACGACAGUUUCACUCUCAUGUAAGCGAUGGGGUUCAACAUAUUGGCGGUAUUUUCAUGCGUACAGUUACUGUUGAAACACAGGACGAGACGGAUGUUGAAACAUUAGAAACAAUGGCAGCGAAAACGAUGAGCUCAACAGCAAGUGUUGGAGCAUCAUUUGGUGGAUUUGGUGGAGGAGCUGGUGUUUCAGUAGAAUCGUUUCAAGUUGACGCAAAAAAAGAAGGGAAAGAGACGAUUAAGCGUACUGCAAAGAUCACACGAAAAAUACAGUGCAUAGGACCUCCAUGCUACAAUUCGGAUUUAUUUGUACAAGCAUUACAUUCAAAUAAUUCGUCGUGGUACGUGAUUGAUCGAGAUUCAUUAUCUUCGUUUAUACCCGUAUGGGAAAUAAUUUUAAAAAGUUAUGCGUCGCAAGCGUCAUUGGUUGAAGCUGCGCAUUUACUGAAACGGGUUUGGCUACAAGAAGCAGAAAACUAUGAUCAUGUUUUGUUGAUUCAAUGUGAAAUUCAACGUGUGCGAUUUGGCGACUAUACUGUUGGUGUUAAAACACCUAGUUUAUUGUCGAGUUCUUCAAACGACGCUGGCAAAAAUGAUAUCGACAAAUUAGAUGCAGAAAUUCAAAACUGCUUAGGUGACUUUGACGUUUAUGAAUUAACCCCGAGCAUGCUUUUAAAUAAAGUUUGCUCAGUUUUUCAAUUGAUCACUGUACGGAGUAACAUUUGUGGAUACGAUUUAUUACCCGCGUUACUUGGACGAGAUUCUAUGAAAUCAUUUUUAAAAUCAAUAGCACUCUGUACCGAUGAAGCCAAAAUUGAUCAUAUUUUAUCAGUUUUAUUGAAUAUCUUUUCAGCAGAAACAUUACGACAGUUAUAUCAAAAACAGAUUGAAUUAGAGCCAGAAAUAUUGAGACUUAUUCAGAAAGGUAACAGUAAUGCAAACGACAAGAAACUACAACAAGAUGAUAUAUUCAGUAUUCCUGCAGUUCCUCUAACUGAGUUGUCGUCAUAUCUGGAGACGCUAAUGACAAAGAAAAACAAGGCAGAUUUUAAUUCCGACGCUGUAUCAAUUAUUAGCAAAAGUUUACGAAAUGCUGCUGGUAGUGGAGAAAAUCUGCAGAAGUUGGAAGAAAUUAAAAAUAUAUUGAUUAGUUAUGGAUGGUCAAAUGAUGUGGACGGAUUUGCUGCACCAUUAACCGACGAAGGUCUCGAAGCAUUGUUCGCUGCUAUGGACGAUGUUUUUCGAAAAAAACAGAAAUCAACAUUAAGCCGACAAGCGACUUUGCAAUCCGCAAUGUUUUCCGAAUAUAACUCGUCUGUGAACCAAGGCAAGGGGAACGAAAAAAUGUUGUAUAGCUAUACGGAUUGGUUAGUUGAUCGACCAAUACCUCCAUUUUCGGAACCAGUUUCUCGAUUUAUGGACAUAUUACGUCACAGAUUAAAGAUAACGCCAAUCGGCAUUAGUGCAUCAUCAACAGCGACGACUACUAGCAAGCCUCAAACAGCCAAAGUCUGGGGAAAGAAAAAAGCUGCCAAUCCACCAUCAGUUCCAAAUGAUACUUCAACAGCAUUACCCGCACCUACUGCCUCUUCUCCUGUUCAGACUUCCCAAUAUUCAACAAUAUAUGAUAUAUUGAUUCAUAUUUUAAAUUACUCAGAUUUAUUGAGUCAAAUCGAAUUAUUUCGUUUACUGAUCGAGCGCCGUACCGCUGCUCCACUACUCAUUCCUGCUUUGGACUCAGGCCGUCAACCAUACAAUUAUUUAAUCAAUGCUCUAUCCUUUGUUACUACCAAAUUAUCAGGACAACGUGAAUACGACUUGAGCACUGAUUGUUCGUUGUUACGAAUAGCUAUUAUCUCCAUGCGAUCAUUAAAACACAGCGAGAGUAGUGAUUGGUUGAAACAGGUUUUCUCUUCCCUCUCCCUCUCUUCGCCUGCGAUUACUUGCAUUCAAUCUGAUCAAUGUAUUGCCGAAAUUGCAGUCGGUUUUAUACCCUGUUCAGUGGAAGACAUCAAGAAGAAUGAAAAGCAUCGGGAGGUACUAGUUCUGAAUGUUAUUGGAAGUUAUUUAGCCAUCUGGCCUUACAUUCAACAAUUUGCUGACGUAAUAAUGGCUGAAGAAGAUCCCUCAAUUGAUGGUGGAUUUCAACCAGUAACACCAUUGUCAGACAACUGUAACGUAAUCACGUGGAAAAAUGCUAGUGUACAAGCUGAGCCGUAUGUGACAGACGAUAAUUAUCUCCACUUAUCCAGCAGCAUCAUUCAGAGCGUCAAUGAUAUACAAAGUUCUCUAGCAGAAUUAUUGGAAGAGAGAGAAAUUGAUACACCCCGCCCAUCUUUGAAGUCAAUGGUACAUACUGAACUAUACAAUACUGUACAGAUAAAUUUAAUUGAUUCCGAGAGUACUGUUAGUAAACAGGACUAUACUAAAGUACGUGUUAAAGAAUUAAAAUUACAACAAAUGUUUGUAAAAGAAGCGGAACAAGUUGCAUUGAAAAAUAAUAAUAAAAGCAAUAACGCUGAACAACAACGAAUUCAACGAAUAAUUGAAGACUGCAGAGAUCAGCGUAUCCAAAACGCUUAUGAGGUUGAAAAACAUCCAUUGAUAAAGUGUUUUACCGGUAUUCUCUCGCUUGAUAAUCGUCAGCUACGUACGUUAUGUGUACAUCAAUUUAUCCAACAAAUUGAUAUGCAUUCACGAUCGGCAAUGAGAGAGCUCAUAAAUAAGAAGGAUGAAGCAUUCAAUGAAUAUGAUCGAGAUCAACAAAACUUGUCGUAUUUUGAAGCAAAACGUUUGUAUGCAAGUAGUGCUCUGGGAAUUGAACAUUUAUGGAGAGAAAUAUGCCACUUAUAUGCAAGCAAUCCUAGAAGGUAUGAGAAAUAUCCAGCAUUGGCAGCACAACAUUUAAUUGACGGUUUUGCAUUAGAACUAUUGGAUGGUGAUGCUGGUAUGUUAGAACAAAACUGGAUUAAAGCAGUAUUUGCACAAAUUGAAGAACAACUCAUGAAGGAACGUUCACCUGAUAUGGCAAAUCGACCUACUCGAAUAUUUAUCCUGAGCAUAUUAGGAGUGCAAAGUACGGGAAAAUCGACUCUGUUAAACUUAAUGUUUGGAACUCGUUUACGUACGAGUGCUGGAAUGUGCACACGAGGAGUAAAUAUCCAACUGCUGAAAGUCGAAAAUCGGCCAGAAUAUGAUUAUAUAUUAAUAUUAGAUACAGAAGGUAUCCGUGCUCCUGAACACACAGGACUCAAAGACUCAACAUGGAGAGAUAAUCGAAUGGCAACGUUUGCUGUUCUACCCGCUGAUGCAACGAUUAUUUUGAUCAACAGCGAAGAUGAUAGUGCUGCAAGAGAAGUACUUCCGAUCGUCAUGUUAGCCUAUCAACAAAGUGAACUUGCCGCAUCAUCUACUUCUCAACUAAGUGCCCGAGUAUUUUUUGUCUACACACGAGUUGACAUGAACGAUACGAAAAAACUUGUCAACAAUAUUCAAGCAAUGUUUAUAGAUUUGAAAAAUAAUGCCGAAAAACUACAACAAGGGGGAGGAAAUCCAAACGAACAAAAAACAAACCGCGUAUUAUUUCGUGACUUUCGUGUCAAAGCUGAGGACGGUGAAGUUGGAGGAAAAGAGAGUGAUAUCAAGUUUUUGGGUAAAGUAAAAAAAUCCGACAUACCUCCUGAUGAUGUCCCUGAUACGGAUUAUGGAGAGGCUAUAGUUCAGUUGAACGAAUAUAUUUACAAUAGACUGGUAUCAAACAAUUCAGAUGGACAAAAAUGGAAAGCAAGAGAACUUAAAUCAUUUGCACCGUACCUUGAUUCUAUAUGGCAAUGUAUUUUGUCCGUCGAUUUUACACUGUCAUUCAAAUCUGUCGUGGAACGAUGGGCUUAUGAUGAAUUACAAAUUUAUUGUGCUAAACAACGUACGAAAUUAGCAAAUUUAUAUUCUUCUAAAUACGACGAAAUCGAAGAAAAAAUCUUAGCAGAAAACAUACCAGAUAAACCGGAAAAAAUGAAUGAAAAAGCAGAGAGUGAUCUAUGUAAAAGUAAAAUAGACCAGUAUCAAGCGGAACUCUCCAAACUAGUCGAUACAAGAGCUACAGAAAUUGACAAAGAAGUUUUGAAUGACUUGAAAGCUGAACGUUGGCAACAAUGGUUUACGGGCAACAGAGACAGUUGGAUUGUAUUUAAUAAAAAUCAAAAGGUUCACAACAACUCUCGAAUACAUCAAUUAGUUACAAAUCGUUUAUCGUACGAUAGCAAAUUAAUUUAUUAUCAGCAAGAAUUACGAAAAGAAAUUAGUAGUUCAUAUCAAAAAAAGACAAACGAAGAACGAUUGGCAAUAUUGAAAAAUACAGUCAAACAGGAACAAGAAUUUAAUAACAUUUUUCAUGAUAUAUUGCUUGAUGCCGAGAAAAAGCAUCCAACAGAAAAAGUUGAAGCGAGUAUACAACAAUUAUAUUUGAGUAACGAGGGAAUCGGCAGAGAUAUUAAUUUUACAAGAAAACAUAUGGAAAUAAAAGUGCAUCAGCACAAUAAAGCAUUAUCGUCUUGGUUUGAUAAUAUAGGCGGAUUUCUAACGAAUUUCUUUAGUGUAAAUGAUGUAGAAAAAGAAAAACAGAUUAUGCGUGACUUAACCAAAGAUAUUGAAAAUUUAUUAAAACCAAUCAAGCGUUAUUCUACAUAUAUUGUACAACAAGCUGUCAAUCUUACCGAAUCGAAACUACAUGAUUCAGAUUAUGGCAAACGGAAAAAAAAUCGCGAACGUGCACAUCAAUUAGUUUAUGCAUUAUUAGUACAAGAAUUGACAAUGAAACAGCAUCAAUGGGAAAAACAUAACUCUAUAUCCGUUCGUCUAAACUAUGCUAAGGAUGAUUUAUGGAAUUUCUAUAAUAACACAAUUCAUGGCAUUGUUGGUGUUGAUCUCUUAACGUCAGAUUUGAAACUAGUUCUUUUGAAAAAUGAACGAAAUGGAUUAAUGGCUGUAAUUGGCAAGCAUAUCGUGAAUGAUUUACAAAGUGAAGCGUGGGUAAAAAACAGUCGAAUGUUGAUGGCAUAUGCUGAUCUCGAAUUAUUGGAACAAAUAGAUGCCGGAAAAAUUGAUGAAAUGAUUUCCAAUGUUACUAAUUUAUCUGUUCAUUAUCAAAAAGUUGUUGAUAAACUUAUUCGACAAAAAGUUGUUAAAUGUGUGAAAAAUCAAUGGACACUCUAUCGUGGAUUACUUGUAUCAGCAUUGAAUAUGACAGUGAUCAAAACACAGUCAUACAAAAAUCCAAUAUGUAGUGCAGAUGAAAGAGAUCAAUCAAAAAUUUCACAAGGACGCACCAAAUUCUUUUUAGAAGAAUUAAAGAAAAAUUUAAAUGAUUAUAAAUUACCAGUGGUAUUUUCUGAUGCUGUUCAAACAUUCAGCAGUGGAAGUUACGAUAGAUGCGAUGAUGAACCGGCUGAAAUGUGGAAGAAAAUGGAAGUCGAUUUAAUUGCCAAUCUAACACCAGCGGAGAAUGGCAUCACGUUAACUGAAAACGAAAUACAAUCGAUUGUAACGACAGCACGGGACGAAAUGAUUAAUAAUCAACAGAAUGAUGCCGUCAAACUAAGAUGUUCCGUGCCAUGUCCUACAUGUAAAAUGGCAUGCAAACGAUCGUUUGAUCAUACGCUUACAGGUAGUGAUGACCAACGACGACAUGAUUGUGAUCAUCAGUCAACCGGUUUAGGUGGCGAUUUUUGGGAAAGCGAGGGUGCAAGCAACUAUCGUGAAUUAUGUUACGAAUCGUGUUCAAAUCAUGUUGCAGCAAAUAACAGGUUUUCUAUCAAUGGAACAUUUUAUUCAUACACAGAUUUUGCUCAACACUAUCCAUGGCUAACACCACGAGCAACAACAGAAUUUAUGCAUGAAGUGAGACAAUAUAUAUUUUACAAUUAUCAAUCUCAAUUAGCUAGCUAUUUUAAUCUUUUACCGUGCUCCAAUAAACCGGCAUCUUUCAAUCAUUCGCGAACAUAUUUGAAUGACACGCUAAAAAAAGUUAUCAAUGAUAGCAUCUAA